AAAACGGCAGCCAUUAGACGACAUUUGUCUGGUGAAAACGUGAGCGUCGUUCGUUCAUCGGGUAAAGAAAUUCAGUAUUCAUCGUUUUCCAAUUUUCCUCCAUCACUCGUGGACGACGUAUUCAUUGAGGGCCCAUCCUUUUCAUAUUGAGCUUAGCGAGAUUGGUGUGUAUUAAGUGCAAAGAGCAAAAGCGCUGUCCACGAUGGAGUUUCUAACAAUGAUGCAGUGAAACUUACUGCUUCUUUUCCGCUUCUUCAUUUUAUCUUUCCUCGCUGAUGGGCCAUUUGCUGCCUGGUCGUCUUUAUUGUCGUCGACUUCUUAGCUUGCAUCGUACCUUUUAGCUGAGCUAGAAAAUUGAAGAAGGAAGAAAUUUCUGUGAAGAUAAAUAUCAGGCAUCAAAAUGAGUGUCAUAAUUAGGCUACAAAAUCUGGCGUGGUCCGCUAAUGCCCUGGACAUUCGCCAGUUCUUCCGAGGACUCAGCAUUCCAGAAGGUGGUGUACACAUCGUUGGUGGUGAACUGGGAGAUGCUUUCAUAGCAUUUAGUACCGAUGAGGACGCUCGACAAGCAAUGAUGCUCGAUGGAGGUAAAAUAAAAGAAAUGAAGAUCAAGCUUCUCCUGAGUUCCCGCACAGAAAUGCAAAAGGUCAUUGAGGCCGCUAGACAGCAAACUCUCUCCUUGCAGUCCUUCAUGCAGGCCACACCUACACCAGCCGUGCCAGUAGUAGUGCCACCAAAGCAGGCUUCUCCACCUGAUCUUCGACGAGAAAAAGAGCGAGACACCGAGAGCGAAUCAGGCAAAGACCGAAAAGAAAGACGAGACCGAUCUCGGUCCCGAGACCGCUCCAGAUCCCGUGAUAGAGAUCGUGGUCGCGGUGAGCGUGACCGUCGCGAUCGAGACAGAGACCGUGAUCGCGACAGGGGACGAGAUCGCGGAGCUCGCAGAUACGAUCGAAGCCGAUCUCGUGAACGCGACAGGCGAGAUAGACGCCGUCGUCGUGAUCGUUCCAAGUCACGUGAUCGCACCAGAUCCAAGGAUCGUGAUUUAAAAAGAACUAGUGGAGGCGAUCCUAGACGUAAAGAUUCCAAUGACGAAGAAACCACCGACAUCGUCUGUGUUGCUCAAUUCGGCAAAGACAAACCCGCACCUUCUGCAAAGAAACCUUCCUUAUCCGAGAAUGGAAUUUGGGAAGUUCCACCUCGUGCUCAACAAUUGCAAGCUGCAAUGAUCGCCCCGAAUAUUCUAGGAGCUGGAAUCGCUGCUGCUCUUUCUACUCCAGAUGCCGAUAGAUCCACUUCUUUUGGAAAUUCAGUAUUAGGCACUACAUCCUCAAUGUUGCAGUCAAAUCAAUUCGCUCUCAAUGGUCUGAAUGGCGUCGGAAACCUCAUGACGAAUCGAAUGCCAAGUUUAGGAAUGAAUUCACUCCCUCAGGGCUUAGGAAAUAAUGCUUUAUCUGGAAACAGCAACUUGCCACAAAUUAACAGGGGGAGAGAACCCUGGUCGGAUAAUGGAAGAAUGGAUUCUGUAAGGUUUCCGAACAGACCAGGGGCUUUUUCAUCUCAAGACAGUUCCAACUCGUUUAACAACGGAAAUGCAGGAAGUUUUCGACCGGGAAUUAGGCCGAAUAGUGCGUUUUUGAGCAAGGUUCAAGAAUUAGACAGCAGGAGGAACCCUCACGCCUUCCAGGCGACACCCUUUAAGGGCGGUUUUGAUAAUCCGAAUGAAAGGUCUGUGGACCGAUCUGGCGGUGAUAGGUCAAUGAACAGGGGACCAAGUAACUCUCGCUUUGGGGGACCAAAUGAAAGUGUCUCUUCUGAAAGUGGAAAUUGUGUUGAAGUGCGCAAUAUGCCUCUUACGGCUACUUACAGCGAUGUUCGUCACGCAUUCCAGGGACUUUUUAUCAGAAAAGACGGGCUCAAGUUGAUCAACGACAACCAUGGAAAUCGAGUGGGAAUCGCUUAUGUUAAAUUUGGAAAGCCGGAUGGAAAGGAGCAGGCUCUUAAGAGUACGAGAUAUGUCCGUGGUUCUGAAGUGGAAGUCUUACAUCUGGACGAGUCGAUUUUUGAAAAGGCAAUGGAUUCCUAUCCUAUGAAUGAUAAUAGGGACAAUAUUAGGCCCGGGUUUCCUCCAGUUCGAGAUAUUCCUCUAACUCGAGAUAUUCCUCCAGUUCGAGAUAUUCCUCCAGGUCGAGAAAUUCCUCCCGAAAGGGAGUCGAAGUUUUCUCCAGUGAUUACAGAUGAUAUUAAGAUUUUGCCGAUGAAGGAGGAAAACACAGAUUUUCCUAUGGAACAGGACGAUAUUGGAAAGGAUGUUGAAAUGGUGGACUUGCAGCCAGCUUCGUCUUGUAUUAUUUUGACUGAAUUGCCCUCUUAUGCCAAAGAAAUGGAUAUCGGGAACCUCUUUCAGAACUUUAACAUCAAUGAUGUUUUUAUCAAAGCUAUAGAGAAAGGGGGUAUUACAAAGUAUAUUGGAUAUGUUCAGUUUGCAACUGUGGAAGACGCGGAGAAGGCGCUCACGAUGCCGCUGAAAAUUGGACCCAAACAGAUCACCGCUGCUGCUCUCACGGAAAGUGAAUUUGAGGAAGAGAAACUGGAAUUUGAAGGGCUGCCUGAUAUUUCGUCAGAGUCUGAUUGUAUUAUCAUGAGAGGGCUUCCCUAUCAAUCGAGUGAUCGGGAUAUCUUGGACUUUUUCUCUGAUAUAGGAAUCGUUCCUCAUAGAAUACACAUGAUGUUAAACCAAGCAGGCAAACCAGCAGGCGAAUGCUUCUGCGAGUUUGACACACCGGAAGAAGCUCUUCGUGCAAUCGGCAAAAACGGAUUACCACUUGGUAAAAAUGUUCCAUCGAUAAUGUUAGUGCCCCGAAACAAAAUGUUGGAAACUCUAGGACUUGCUGAUGGCCAGUCAGCCCCGCAGCCGCUCCAACCACCGCCACAUCAUUUCCCAUUGCACCAUCAUCCCAUGCAUGAAAUGCGACCAAGAUUCUCUGGACCUAUGCACCAUCCUCGUUUCGGUGGCGGCUUUGGACCCAGAGGACCGCCACCUCCAGGGAUGAUGGGAAUGCCGAGGCACAUGAUGCCUCCGAGACACGCCCCUCCUCCUGGACCCAUGGACCAUGUAGAAGGCUUCGGAAAACCUGGCUGUGUCGUCUCCCUCGAAAAUGUUCCCUUCAAGGCCAAUAUUGACGAGAUAAUCGAAUUCUUCGGAGAUUAUGAAAUUAAACGUGAACAUGUAAUUCGCCGGUACAAUGAGCAAGGAAUGCCAACUGGUGAUGCCAGAGUUUGCUUCCAAUCACCAACCGAAGCGCAAAGAGCAUUGAGGGAAAUGAAGCUCAGCAAAAUGCGCGAUCGCACAAUAUAUAUGAAGAUUGCGUGAGAACGGGAGAAUUUUUCAAUGGAAGAUGAUGACAAUCUUUCUUGAAAAAUAAGAAUGACGCAACCAAGGAAGAGAUGAAUUCAAAGUGAUAAAAGUGGGCAGCCACCCGAAAUUGCGAGACGAUCUGCUAAUGAUGAACGAAUUCUGCUCUAAUAAAGGGCCAAGAGUCAUUCCUUUCGUUUUAUCGAUUGACAUUUGUUGUUUAACGAGUCCAAACACACAAUCAAGGAGGUUCCGAAUGUAGGGCCAAUGUAAAUUAACUUAUUUAACUUUUAAUUUAAAAGUUGUAAAUAUUUUUUUUCAUGAAAUAGUUCCCUUAUACUUUUGAAGGUCGUAUAUAAAGUACGACAUAUUUUCUAGCACCUUCUUCUUGUAGCUCAAGUUACUUUAUUAAGCCGAUAUGUAUGUAUUCUAAAGGUCAAUUUUACGUUGAUAGUGUAAAUAAUAAAGUGCUGCUAGAAUUAAUCUCGUGAUAUUCGUAUUUCCGGGAUUCCACGCCUGAUGUAGCUUUAAAUCGAAUGGAUAAAUGUGUGUGUGUGUGUGUGUGUGUGUGUUAAAGAAGGUGAAAAAGGCAUUAGUAACUUAGUUAGGAUUUUACUUUAGUUUUAGGUUCAUUUUAGUUCAGUUUAUUUAAAUUGAAAGUUUUUAUUUUUGUAUUCAAGCUUUCAUGCAUUUAUUUGGAAGAGGUUCGAAAUCCGCUCCAAACAAAGAGAUUUAAAUCAGUAAAUUAAAAGCGCAUCGGGCACGUUGGAAAUGAAGUGGAGUUUGAAAGGACAAACAAAAAUGCUCGCAAAAUUGUUUUAUCUGAAAUAGAGUGUG